CCCCUCCCACUGCUGGGCCCCGUCCCUCCCGGGCCCAUCAAUGUCCCUCUCCCGGAGUCAUGGAGACCUGGCGGCCACCACCGCGGCGCCUCUUUCCGAAGAAGGGGAAGUGACUUCGGGCCUCCAGGCUCUGGCCGUGGAGGAUACCGGAGACCCCUCGGUCUCGGCCAGUAAGGCCGAGGAAGAGGGGGAAGGAAGCCAAGAGGAGGCUGAGCUCGAGGGGUCCCGGGUGGAGGAGACCCAAGAAGCCGGCAGCACCGCGGGGGAAGAGCACGCGGACGGGGAGGCCGAGGACUGGGGCGUGCCCUGCAGCGACGAGGAGCUGGAGCUGCCCGCGGAUGGGCAGGCGUGGAUGCCGCCGCCCUCGGAGAUCCAGCGGCUCUACGAGCUGCUGGCUGCCCACGGUACCCUGGAGCUUCAAGCGGCCAUCCUGCCGCGCCGGCCACCUACACCCGAGGCCCAGAGUGAAGAGGAGAGAUCGGACGAAGAGCCGGAGGCCAAAGAGGAGGAGGAGCAAAAACCUCACAUGCCUACGGAAUUUGACUUCGAUGAUGAGCCGGUGACACCAAAGGACUCCUUGAUUGACCGAAGACGCACCCCAGGAAUGUCAGCCAGAAGUCAGAAACGAGAGGCUCGCCUGGACAAGGUCCUCUCAGACAUGAAGCGACACAAAAAGCUGGAGGAGCAGAUCCUUCGGACUGGGAGGGACCUUUUCAGCUUGGAUUCAGAGGACCCCAACUCCACCAGUCCCCCACUCCGGUCCUCAGGGAGUAGUCUCUUCCCCCGGCAACGGAAAUAUUGACUGUUAACUGCUACUGCCUCCAGGUGCAGAUUCUGUACCUGAUGGGGCCUGGAUCCUUCUAACCAGAACAAGUUGAGUGGGGUUGGAGGCGUGG